AUGAAUCACUGCCUCUUUCUUUGGCACUCUUGUGCCCUUCUUGCACUCUCAGGCGUUACGUCCAGCCAAUCAUCUAGAAAUCCCUUGGGCACUCAGCCAGGAGGUUCAUCUAACCAGACGAGCUUGACAGGCUCAGAUGUCCAUGCGGGUGUAGCUAACACCUUCAACGUAGCUUUACACGACCCAACCGUAGCACUCGGCACGCCCGGGAUGGAAAUCGCAAUAAAUUGUCCGGCAGCAGUACGAUGGAAUGAAGAAUACGCGAGGAAUCUAACAAUUCAAGGACCAACAGAUGAUGAAAAAGAACAAGAAUGGAUUGUCUCUUACAUGGCCCAACAUCCCGACCAAACACUAUGGGAAUUAUUUACGAAAACACUGGGUGAAGACCUGCAGAAAUGGGUCAACGGCCCUAACCCUGUCGAGAAAGCGGCAGACGGCGUUGUUCACUUUACGGCCGGUGUGAUCGAGCAAUUUAUAACCAUGAUUUGGGCCGCCUUCAAGUGGGUCGUCAAGUUUCCCUUUGAAUUCAAGAAGGAAUGGCAUCAGGUCAAAAGCCUGGGUGCCGAAUUGUGGGAUGGGACCAAGAUAGCAGCACAUCUGUUUGCCCAAAGCCCAAUAAACGGACUCAAAACGGUCACUGGUGGAUUAUUUUUGCAUCUGUUAUUACAUCCAGAGGAAUUUACAGCAGAGUCUAUCCUGCUGGUUGGUGCUGGAUUCAAAGUGAUUUAUUGGCUGAUGGCUGGAAUUGAGGCCCUUGGUAAGCAGAUAUGUUCUAGUACUGACGCCAUUCCACACCCGAUGAAUAUAAUGCUCGUGGCUAAAAGGAAAAAACAUCUCUUGCAUGACGUCCCUAAUCUAGCUGGGAGCUUACCACCAAUCGUGGGGAAAGGAUUAAUGAGUGCUUUAUGGUUCCUUCAUUCAUUGGACGACCCACUUUUAAUCCUGACGCCGAUUUUCACAAACACGGCUCAAGCACUCCAGGCAGGAAAAGCCAGUGUAUUACUCGAUGUAGCAAGUGAAGAGAAUGGUGGAUUUACGUCUGAUGAUGGAAGUAAAUCAGUCACUUUACCCGCCGCAACAGUAUUACCAGCCUCAAAGCAAUGUCCACUUUUGCCGCCGGAUCUAGGCGCACCACCCUUGACUUACGGCAAUCUAUGCCUCAGCCCGGACUCUAAUAAAGUUAGAAAAAUAAUCUUUGGCACCCCAAAGCCUUCAAACGAAAUGACUCGUGAAGAACGAUUAGAGGCCUUUAACCACGUCCAAAAGUUCUGGUGUUGCUACGGGGACAGCAAAACGAGUUCAAUCCCCAUUCCGGAUGCUAUCUUGCAGGAUAUUCCUGGUAGAGAACACUGGGAAGGUAAAUCAUUUUGGAAAUCUGUUGACAUUGACUGCCAGAAAAUCUUUGAUGAAAACCCCAGACCUUCCAGCGGAAGAUUGACAAUUGAGUUGUAA